GUUUACGUCUGCUGGGCCUUGCAAGGUGUGCCAUUUAUCAUAUGUUAAUUUUUUCUGUCUAAAUUUAUGCGUGUUUUCAAAGUCCUAGCGUUUUCCAUGGCAAUUUAUCUUGAAAAUGAUGGUAAGUGAGGUGGCAAGUAGAAGAGGUGGAACGUUGCAGGAUGAGAAGCAAAUAGGAAUCAUCGAAGAAGGGGAACUAAAGGAAAGCCACGCGUCAGAAUCAUCGUUCCUUAAGGGUAAUGGUACCAGCUUGGUUGUUGAGGAAAAGGUUUCAACUGUGAAGAUAAAUAGUGUACCUGACCCACCUUUUGUCAUGAACAUGCAGCUUAAUGUUGUAUGGUUGGUCUUGUUAGGACUUUCCUUUGGUACACGAUUAUGGCAGCUAACUAUACCAAAAUAUGUGGUGUUUGAUGAAGUACACUUUGGAAAAUUUACGAACUUUUUUAUGCAAAACAAAUUCUUUUUUGAUGUUCACCCACCAUUAGGAAAACUCACUUUUGCAAUAACAGCUUACUUGUCUGGAUAUGAUGGAAGCUUCUCCUUUGAUGAAAUAGGACAAGCCAUCAGGUGUUGGUCAACUGAUGCCUGACUGUCAGUUGUGAGUCGCUCGGCUGCCACCCGCCUAUCAGUCAUGUGCAUCUAUCAGCCAAGCAUCAGCCGUAUAUAGCCUGGAUAAGGUUGCAUGAGCUUACAUGUAUAAUAUUAUAAUUAUAAGCUAUUAAGACUGAGUCAGCUGUCUUAUCUGCCUAUGGCUAUAGCCAUACAUAAUUUAUAUAAUAAUAAUCGUAAACUGAGAAUUAUAAAAUGUUUAUUAUUAAAAUGAACAAUUGUGGCAGUUCGGAGGAAUGCGACAUUUCGACCUCUACUGCUAGUCUUGAUCAGGCAAUGGCGUAGACUGCAAAGUGGU